UUAAUUUCCUGUAACCAAUUUCAGAAAACCCAAAAAAACCAGACCCCCCCCCCCUCCUUCUCCCUUUGAAACAAAAGCUCCGAACUUUGAAAUAGAGCUCCAACAUUUCAAUAUAUAAAUUGCCUGAUCCGUGUAGAUGGCUGUGAAUCGGAAGGAAAUGGAUCGGAUGGAUCGGAUCAAGGGUCCGUGGAGCCCCGAGGAGGACGACGCUCUGCAGAGUCUAGUCCAGAAGCACGGGCCGCGGAACUGGUCUUUGAUAAGCAAGGCCAUUCCGGGGCGGUCCGGGAAGUCGUGCCGUCUCAGAUGGUGUAACCAGCUCUCGCCGCAGGUGGAGCACCGCGCCUUCACUACCGAAGAGGACGACACCAUCAUCCGAGCCCACGCGCGGUUCGGCAACAAGUGGGCCACAAUCGCCAGGCUCCUCAACGGCCGCACCGACAACGCCAUCAAAAACCACUGGAACUCCACCCUCAAGCGCAAGUGCUCUUCCAUGAGCGACGACGGUAACGGUAGCGGAAACGUGUUCGGUGGAGGGUACGACGGUAAUUUCCACGUCCAGCCGCCUUUGAAAAGGUCCGUGAGCGCCGGGUCGGGCGUGCCCGUGUCCACGGAGCUGUUCAUGAACCCGGGUAGCCCGUCCGGGUCGGAUGUGAGCGACUCCAGCGUGCAGGUGAUGUCACCCUCCCACGUGUACAGGCCUGUGGCGCGUGCCGGCGGGGUUCUACCUCCAGUAGAAACGACGUCGUCUUCUAACAAUAACAACAGCAACAUCAACCUCAACAGUGAUCCUCCGACGUCGCUCUCCCUUUCGCUCCCUGGUGUCGACUCCUGUGAAGUCUCGAACCGAGUCGCGGCGACCGAGUCGACGAUUCAGAAUCAGGCGCAUCCUGCUCCUGCGCCGGUUUCUGAUCCGAUGAGGAGUUUUCCGGCGGAGCUGUUGGAGCUGAUGCAGGGGAUGAUAAAGAAGGAGGUGAGGAGCUAUAUGGAGGGGUUGGAGCAGAGUGGGUUUGGGAUUAUGAAGCAGCAAAAUGAUGGGUUUAGGAAUGUUGCAGUGAAGCGAAUUGGGAUCAGCAGGAUUGAGUGAGUUUGAUUAGUUGAAUGAAUGUGGAUGAAGCUCAAUGCAAGGGUUUGGGCUUUUCGGACAUGGACUAGUUACUAGUUAUAGGGAAGACGGCAAAAAUGGUGGAACUUGGGGGGGGGGGGGGGGGGAGUAAAAAGGAAAACUGGGGCUGGUGUUGUUUUCUUAUAUUUUUUUUGCUUUUGUUAGGAAAAUAAUUUCGGUUAAUGUACAGAGAGAGUAAUGAGAGAGAUGAUGAUGAUGAAGAAAGCCAUCCGAGAAAAACAUGAAAAAAAAAAAAAAAAAUUGAGAAGAAAAAAGUAGAAGAUAAAUGGAUCUUCAAAAUUUCAAUCUUAAGUUCGCAUUUUAAUCC